GUGUCUUUUUUUUUUUUUCCUUUAGGAUUCUGGACCUUUCCCUGUGUUUUUCCUUCUGAAUUCUUGGAGUGGUCCCCAGCUUCUUCUCUACAACCCUGCCCGGUCUACCAGGCCUGACAAGUGACUGUGUGCUGCCUUGCUUGGGCCGCGUGCCCUGCGUCCUCUGGAAAGCCAAGCAUCACCACCAAGAGCACCUGCUGGGAGCCAUGGAGACCCAGGAGAAGAGAGCAGAGGAUUUGGAAAAGGCAAAUCUUGCUAAGCAACAGCUGGCAGAAAGAUUUCAGAGAGAAGGACUGGAUGAAGAAUACUGGCUUCCCAUGUUGUGGAAGGUAUUGGGUGUGAAAUCUAAAGAAGCUUUGAAACAUCUCCAAUAUGAAGACUAUUUGAAGCUGGAGAGUGAGGUAAGGUACCCCUGGGAGAAAAUGGCACUCCAAAAGCUUCUCCAAAUUACAGACAACAAAGCAACUGUUGAGGAGCAGCAGAAGCAGCGCCUGGAGAUGAUGAAGCAGAGGCAAGAAGAAGCCAAGCAAGCCAUGCAUCGCAGCCGCAGCCACAGCAAGAAGAUGAUAACACAGAAAGAGGAGGCACUGUGGCAAGCCAUGGACAUUCCCAGGGAGUACUGGGCACCACCAGAGAAGGCCUUGGCAGAUGUGCCUGCAAGCAUCCAGAAGCAACUGGAGCAGCAGGAGAUGUCCUUGGGCAGGAGUGAGAAUGUCUCUGACGAGGAGGUCCUGAGACGGGCAUCAGGAGGCCUGGCUCUGCAGGGCAUUUACCGAACCAACAGCCUGGCAGAUGUGCUGGCAAAACGAGAGCAGCUCAUCAGAGUCCCCACGGGUUUCAAGCUCGCUGGCCCGGAGCAAGGAUCAUUGCUUGAGAGGAAGGAGUUCUCCUCCUCUGCAGCAGAAGCCAGUUUCACCAAGUCCAUGGAGCAGCUGGGCUUCAGCCUAAGCGUUUCUGCCAAAGCCAGGAUCUGGGGGUUCAGUGCUGUAAAAGGUGAAGAUUACAGCAGCUCCUCACACAAGGAAGACACUCACCACUCACAUUCAGAGCAGACAUACAUUUGUACCACCAAGUACCAGUACACCCCUCUGGCCUCCUGCUACUUCCAAAAGGACCAGCUUCGCCUCUCAGAUGGGGCCCUGAGGGAGCUGCAACGCAUCGAGGAGCUUCUGAGCAUCACCCAGGAGGCAGACAGGCUCAACAUGCUGAAGAACAGGUGUGCCAGCUUCUUCAGCAGGUUUGGGUCCCACCUCAACCAGGGACCCCUCCACUUUGGGGGCAUAUUCUGGUGGAAAGCAUCUUCCGAAGGAUUCAGGGAAGAGCAAAGGGAAGAGAUGAAGCAACAAACAUCUGAAGCACUAAACUGCUUUGUCAGGGCAAGCUUCAGCAGCUUUGCUGGCAGUGUGGGAGUGAAUGUGGAAGUUUCAAAGUCCAGCUCACAAGCAUCACUUGGGAGAAGCGAUAGAGGCAGCAGCCACACAGCGAUUCAGCUCUCUGUGACCAACACAGGGGGUCCAUCAGAGACAGAUUGCCUUGCCCAGUGGACGUGUGGGCUUGUGGCGAGUAACACAACCUGGUGUGUUAUCGACAGGGGCUUUCAGCUGAUCCCAGUGUGGGACAUAAUCCUGUCCAACCACAGCAGUGAUUUUAAAUCCACCUAUCAGAUGAGCAGCAGCCUCAGGGCUGCAUAUGAAGCACUCACAAAUCACAGUGUUGGCACAGUGUUCAGAGAGGAACUGGCCAGUGCUGUGGAAGAGGCCAGAGCAUUUCUGGAGCACAUGCAGACCUGGGAGAUCACUGGGGAUGAAAGGAACCUGCUCACGUUGACAGAUUUCAAAAAGGCUCUGAAUGAAAAAACAAAAAAUCCCAGUGUCUGGAUCAAUGUAUGCCUGACACAUAAGGCAUUGCAGGAGUUCCUGGUGAAUACCGUUCUGUUUUGCCAAAAAUCGCCUCCAGAAAACAUCACCUACAUGAAAUCUCUGAUGCAGUGCCUGCUGGAUCCUCACAUCUAUUCUGUUAAGAACUUCCCUAGGGCUUCCUUCAUUAUGCAAUGGAUUUUCAACACUGAGCACACGUUUCCCAAAACUCCCAAUAUUUCUGAGAUUCAGGAUCUCAUCAAGACACUGCUGCAAAUGAAGGACCACAUUCAGGAAGUCACCUACUCCCCAGCCACCUCUGUAUCUGCCAUUCAUGAAGCAAAGAUCAAAGCCACCCUGACUGUAAGCCUGGCUGUUUAUUCUUUGCUCCAGUAUUUGAAGGAAAGGGCAGAGAAAGACACAGAACUCUUAGUGCUCUUAGUUACAACCGCAAUAGGAUACCAAGUAGAAAGCAGCACUUUUCAGUACCUCCUUGGUUGUCCAGAAAUUCACUUCAUGGCCAAGGAAAUGCAAACAGCAUAUGAUGAGUAUCAGAGCCUGAAGGAGCAGGAUGUUUACAGAGCCCAGGCCUUCCUGCUCUUCACAGGCCUCACCAUAACAUCUGAAAGCAGUGAGGUGUCCCCUGAGCAGAAGAGUGACCGCUUAGUGUUCAUGGAAGAGAAGAUGAAGAACUCAUGGUGUGCACAGAUAGAAGAUCUCCUCAAGAGACAGAAUGCCUUCAGAGACUGGGAGGGGCUGGAAAGAGACUUGCAAUCCUACAUCAGAGGGCAAUUGGAGAACACCUCUGUUGAUCUGAAGAAACACAGCAUAAUCAAAGACAUGGAAGAGACUUUGCAAGGAAUACCGCCUUGCAGUCCAUGCAAACUCCAGUCAGAUGACAGCAAAUCCAAAAGUAAUCAAGCCAGUGCAAACCCAGAGUUCCUCAACUUACUUAAGCGCCUUGGGCUAGAAAGAUACUAUCCAAGAAAAAUGGGGUUGGAAGACUUCCACAUCAUACACAAGACAUCUGUACGUGACAGCCAGCCCAGCAAGGAGAGUGAACUCCCAUUUUACUUCCUUCAAAAGCUAUUGUGUGUGGACUACAGCGUGAGGUACCUGACUUGCAAGGAUGAGAGUAAGCCAGAAGUCACUCCUGCACCCAAAGCCACAGAGGAAGAGCCCUCUGAUUCCUUUGAUGACUUUUUCAGUGAUUUGGAUGAAGGAGCCCCUGAAUCUGCAACUAGGGAGAGCCACGUGCACCCUAUGGACCUCCAGAUGGCCAUUUUUCAUUGUGCCAAUGAUUUCAUGAGGCAGUACAUUGCAUCAAAGCUUGCCUUCUGCCAGUUUGCACUCCCCCUCCUGAUCCCCAACCCAUGCACUUCAGAGAUUGAGUUCCCUCUCUGGUCCCUCAGCCAAAUCAAAAAGAGCUGGAAAGGAACAGCAAAAUCGGGAGAGACAAUGAAAUGUAGCAGCUACACAAACACACUCAUUUAUCAGGCAGAGACACCCAUCGUGUCCUUCAUACGCAUCGGCAGCUCUCCUUCCUCUUCCAAGUCUCAGCUCCUGAACGCUCUGCUGAGCAAACAAAAACACGACACGUUUUUCCAUCGGCAUUGCAAAGGCAGCACCAAGGAUUGCUUGCUGAUGAAAGGUGUGGUGGAGAUCUCCUGGUACUGUCCCCGUGGUAGCAACGAUGACAGUUUUGACAGCUGUGUUGCUUUCUGUAACCUGCAUGGAGAUGCCAGGGAUCACGAGACACAGCUGGGCUUCUUGCAGGAGAUCUCUGCUGUGAACAUGGUUCUCGUUUCUGAGACUGAUCAGGGUGAUAAGAAAGGCAGGAAAAUUUUACAGGACCUGUGGCAGUCUCAGAGGCCCUUGGUUUGUCUUUUCACUGAGAAAGAGAACAUUGCAGCUGGCCGAUCUAGCCAGAACAUAAGAAUAGGUAUCAAGAACAGGAACGAAGCAGAAUUAAUGGGCGAGCUGACAAAAACAAUCCGAGAUCUCCUGGAGGGCUCAAGCACACUCUCUAGCCUCGAUAUGUGUCUGGGCACAGCUCGCCAGCACGGCUUCCUGGUCGAUGAAGAUGCAGAAGCAUGUGUGAUAGCCAAAGAAAAGGCAAACGAGCUGGUGAAGCUGCUGAAGGGAGAGCAGCUGACUGAGAUCAAAUCAAAGCUACUGCCUCUUCAAGGAAAACUGUGGCACAAUUGGUGUAAAAAGGAUAAAGAACUCACUUGCUUACAAGAGAAGAGGAACAAGAGCAUAGAACAUCAUCGGAGUCAAAUUGAAUGUGACAAAGCUGCAAUAAGAAAAAAGCAACUGGACAAAGCAUUUCCCCUCAAUCAGCUGAUGGAAUCAUUCCUUGGCUUUCUCCAGUCACAGCCAGUCAACACCAAGAAAUAUUUCCUGCAGUGGAUGAAGAUAUUCAUGGAUGACCUGUCCUCCGAUCGCCUUGAUGGACUGAAGAGAGAGUAUCAUCAGUUAUGGUCUCAAACCCGGGCAAUAAAGAAAAGCAAUGAAGAAAACAAUCCCAAAACUGUAAUGAUGAAAAGGUUAGAUUCCCUUUCCAAUGAAAUCAAUGAUUCAUCCGUUGGCCUUGAGCAUAUUUUGAGAGAGGUAGGGCAGAUUUACGAAGCUCUUGAAUCAACAAACUCCAAAGAUGUAUGUAUUCUCAAACUACCUGAAAUUGCAGCUGAUCUGAUGCUUUCAGGGCAUCCCAUUGAGCUGAUGGAUGGUGAUGUUUCUUAUGUACCCUUACAAUGGGUUGCAGCAAUCUUUGACAGGUUAAUUGAGAAGUUAGGUGACAAGCGAGUCUUUGUCCUCUCCGUGCUUGGCAUCCAGAGCACAGGGAAGUCAACCUUACUGAAUGCUAUGUUCGGUCUCCAGUUCAAUGUCAGUGCCGGCAGAUGCACCCGGGGAGCUUUUAUGCAGCUCGUUAAAGUGGACGAGGAACUGCAGCAGGAUGUGAACUUUGAUUACAUGCUGGUUGUGGACACGGAAGGUCUUCGUGCCAUAGAGAUGGCCAAUAAGCACUCACUGAAUCAUGACAACGAGCUGGCCACCUUUGUCAUUGGCAUUGGCAACAUGACUCUGAUCAACAUCUUUGGGGAGAACCCUUCCGAAAUGCAAGACAUCCUUCAGAUUGCAGUGCAGGCUUUUCUGAGGAUGAAGCAAGCGUCCAUUCCUCCAGAUUACCAACUCCACCAAGGCACGUUCACUGCAGCCCAGUCCGCCUCCAGUUUUAACCUCGCUAAUGCUCUCCUCUGCAUUGGUGAGCACCAGGUCCAGCAAGGCUUCACCUCAGCUCAGUCCAUCUAA